AUGUGGGGCCCGCUGGGGGUGGCCUGCAGCCUCGCGUGGGCGUUUGGCGUUGCUGCUGCGGACGCCGAGCCCCCGCAGCAGCAGCAGCUGCAGCAGCAGCAGCUGCAGCAGCAGCAGCACGGCCAGGGAAACCUGGGCGAGUGGAACACAGACGAAGAAGGGGGGGGGCCCCUAGAGGGCCCCUCCUAUUCCUUCCCAGUGGACCCAGAGGAUCCUUUGCCUUAUCCUCGGGGGGGCCCCUUAGCAGCAGGUUUGUCUCAGCUGCAGCAGCAGCAGCAGCAGCUGCGGGGCGCAAAGACAGCAGCAUUUGGCCUUCUCGCGCUGCUGGCAGCGCUCGCCGUGGGCUGCCUCCGCAGCAGCAAAGGGGAAGCAGCGCAGCAGCAGCAGCAGCAGGAGCCGGGCGCUGCGGCGCCUCCGGAGCCGCAGCCCGCCCUUCUACGAAUUUAG